AUGGGCUCUGUUCUCAAGUUCUCCGCCCUCAGUCUCUUGCUAGCCUCUGCGAGUGCUGCCCCUAUCCAAGUGGUUCCGUCAACCCUGAUCAAGAAGUCUUCCUCGGGCGACUCUAAGCGCGGUGCUGCCUAUAAUGAUGCAUCUCUUGUCUCCGCCCUGAGUGACAGUUCUAGCACCAUCUCAUGGUCCUAUAACUGGGGCUCCUCUAUUGACGGCGAAAUUCCAGACGGAGUCGAGUUUGUGCCGAUGCUUUGGGGCACUGACUGGAUUGAUGGAUGGACAACCGCUGUCAAGAAGGCCCUGAAUAAUGGGAGUACCCAUAUUCUGGGUUUCAACGAACCCGAUAUGUCCUCCCAAGCCGAUAUGAGCACCUCGGAUGCCGCGACAUACUAUAAGGAGUAUAUCACUCCUUACGCCGAUGAUGCGACCCUGGUUAGCCCGGCUGUUAGCUCAUCUACCACUUCCGGCGAAGGCUUGGACUGGCUCAAGUCUUUCUUGAGCGACUGCGACGACUGCACUAUCUCUGUGAUCGCCGUUCACUGGUAUGGCAAUAGUGUUUCCGAUCUUAAGAGCUUUGUUAACGAUGCUGUCGAUGUUGCUUCGGACUACGGUAUCUCUGAAGUUUGGCUCACUGAGUUCGGCCUCGACUCUGACGAGAGUGGUAUUUCUGAUCUGUCUACUACCGCAACUUUCCUGGAGGAAGCUGCCGAAUGGCUUGACGAUAAGGACGAAGUUACCCGAUAUGCCUUUUUCUAUUGCGCCAACGACUAUAUGCUCACAGAUGGCGAGGCAAACAGCGUUGGCAAAGCGUAUACUUCGUCUUCCUCCAGCUCUUCCUCCAGCUCUUCCUCCAGCUCUUCCUCCAGCUCUUCCUCCAGCUCUUCCUCCAGCUCUAGCUCUUCAUCCUCCGAGACCACUUCAUCGUCCGAGUCCGAGUCCUCCACUUCGGCUUCCGUGUCUCUUUCUACUUCCUCUGAGACGUCUUCGUCUUCGGAUUCUUCGUCAUCUUCAUCCGUUUCGGCCUCUAGUUCCACUUCCUCUGAGACUUCUUCGUCAUCCGAAUCCGAGGCUUCUACUUCUGCUUCUGUCUCUGUUUCCACCUCUUCUAAGGCGUCCUCUUCAUCCGAGUCCGAGUCCUCCGCCUCGGCUUCUGCUUCUGCUUCUGCUUCCACUUCCUCUCAGACGUCCUCGUCAUCCGAGUCCGAGUCCUCCGCCUCGGUUUCUGCUUCUGCUUCUGUUUCCUCUGAGACUUCUUCGACGUCCGAAUCCGAGACUUCUGCUUCUGCUUCCGUCUCUAUUUCCACUUCCUCCGAGACGUCGUCGUCUUCGGAUUCUUCGUCGUCUUCAUCUGUUUCGGCCUCCGUCGAUCUUUCCAUUGAUACUUCCUCUGGGUCAUCUGAAGAGUCUUCUUCUUCAUCGGAUUCGGAAGCAUGCGGCGCAGCCCAGACCACUAGCCUACAGAGUCCUUCGCAGCCCACCUCGGUGCCGACAUCCGUAGCAAGCACCAUCUCACAGCCCACCAAGCCCUGCGAACCAACUUCUGAACCGACAUCCAAGCCCACCAAGCCGUUUGAGCCCACGAAGCCAUUUGAGCCCACUAAGCCGUUUGAGCCCACGAAGCCGUUUGAGCCAACAAAGCCUUCCGAGCCCACGAAGCCUUCCGAGCCCACCUCUGUUCCAACUUCGGUGCCCAGCAGCCCGGAAUCAGAGCCCACCUCGGUCUCUACCCCUUAA